CACGAUUCUUGUUUCUGCUUCUGUACAAUCAGAUUGAUGUGGAAACUGAAUAGACCACACGAUGACGCCUUGCUGCUGCUCCUACGUCCUUGGCUGAUUUUUUUUACCUUCACUGUACGAUACAGGCUUUCGGAGUGGACAAGGCAUCGUGGGAUCGGACCACACUGAAACAACUCUUGCGAGAAGGACCAUCUUCACUUUAGAGAAGAACAACAAGAAGAUGUUAAGGGUUUCCGAAUUACAUCCCUCACUACCAUCCUUGGCUCCUUUUCAAGGGGGAAAUGGGUCAAGGAUGUUCUGAAGAAUGCAAUUCGGAAACCUCUAAAGAUGUCUGGUACGUCUGCAGGCAGUGGCGCAAUUGAAGACGAUGGACGCCCAAUUCCAGUGAACAUCCCCAAGUUUUGGGGUAAUGAAGAAUCUUUUGUCGCUGAUUGUAUUCGAACUGGAUGGAUAUCCUCGGAGGGACCUCAGGUUGCAGAAUUCGAGAAGCAGUUUGCGAAGACCGUGAAUCGUCAACACGGCAUCGCAUGCUGUAGUAUGGCUUCGCGGCUUGUUGCCCUAGUGGUCCCUGACUUCUUGAAGGACCUUGUUGAAGCCUUCCUGCUGUGAGGAGAAAUAAGUAGGUCUAAGUACUUAGAAGUAGAAGUUUCAAGAUGUUGUAUCCCAACAAGAUGGAUUCUUCGCGUGAGGAGCUCUAAUUGUAACGGCACAGCGGCUUUGGACAUUGCUUUCCAUGUUGUGGGUCUUGCUGAGGGUGAUGAGGUGAUAUUACCAACUUUGACGAUCAUUUCCUGUGUAAAUCAAGUGGUGAAAACGCGUGCGAAGCCGGUGUUUGUGGACUCCUGCUCAGCCGCGUCAUCGCCGUCGUCCAAAAGCUGCAGUCCUUAUAAUCUGGACUUAGAUGCUGUGGAGAAAGCGAUUAGUGAGAAAACGAAAGUGGUUCUAGCGGUGCACAUUUACGAGUUUCCGUGUGACAUGGAACGGUUACGUUUAUGGAUCGGAAAAUACGUUUGACAACAUCUCGACGACUCGACAAUAACGCCCAGUUUGUUCACAAAAAAAGAGAACAAAAAGCAAAGGCCUCUAAUGCAAGCACUGGUAGAGCGCGCCUCAGAUAAGUAUGGCAAAAAGAUCUAUCUGAUAGAGGAUGCAGCCGAACUUAUCGGUGGCAGCUUCAAGGGAAAGCCGUGUGGGUCCUUUGGUACGAGUCAAUUUUCCGAUUGCAAAUAAAUUGUAGAUGAUACGAAUCAACACUUUUUACAUUUAAAAGUACCGAUUCAUUGUGGCCGUAACAAGUGAACAUCCAAAGUAAGUGUGAUCAUUCAUUUUCCACUCAGGUGACAUUUCAACCGUUUCGUUUUAUCCGAACAAGCACAUCACAACGGGCGAGGGUGGAAUGUUGUUGACUGACGAUGAGGCAGUAGCGAAAAAAGCUCGGAUGUCGCGAAAUCUGUGUUUUGAUCCGGAAAAACCGCGCUUCAUACACGCAGAUUUAGGUGCAAACUAUAGGAUGACGUGCUUGCAGGCAGCUUUAGGUCUUGCGCAGUUGGAGAAUUUAGAACCUGCUAUCAAGAGGAAGCGAGAAAUUGGCCAUCUGUACACGGAACUGCUUGUAGAUGCGACCGCAAGCGAUGGGAUUCGCGACAGCGGUGCGAAAUUAGUGGGCGAAAACAUUCGAUUACCUGUUGCAUUCGACGAACAUGGGUCUGAGAAUAUCUACUGGGUGUACAUGAUCGAGAUUCUUCACCCGACGCUUACUUAAGGCUACAGACGAGAGUACAACAGAGAACCCAUAGUCUUUGUUAGGUGAAUCUGAUAGUUCUAAUUUUCAGCAAAGGACGUGAUGGGAGCUCUCGGAAAAGCCAAAGUAGGCACGCGGCCUUGCUUCUACCCACUGCACAUGCAGCCCGUCUUCCUCGAUGCGGAGUCACCUUACUUUUAAGGAUCACGGUAUCGAAAUGUCGCAGAAGAAGUUCAGUGUUGAAAUAAAGUGUCGGCGCUUGAACACUACUACAAUUCCACAAUGAAAAAUAGAAGUACAAUAAGCUCAGCAUGACGAGGACCGCAACGGCAUAAUGCAAGUACUGCUGCAGCCCUCGUCCCUGGGGUACGUUCAUAGUGAUCUCUAACACCUCCAGCCCCAACUCACUGCCGAAGACGCAAAAGCUUAUCCGAAUGCAGAACGCCUGUCCGCUAAGUCCUUUUAUCUCCCCAGUGGCUUAGGCAUGACAGACGCAGACGUUCAUGUUAUCACUCAAAGAUUUGUCUCCGUCAUGAAAGGACUGAUCCAAGAUUGAUACUACCUGUCGUGAGAAGGAUGAUGAACUAUGAUGUUGAAAGUCUGGCUUGUCCCAGUUCAGAAAUCGUGAUGAGACGAGCACAGGUUUCGAAGCAAGUUCUACUUUCUGGCCUACCGAAGAUCAAUGGAAAGCUUUUCUGCCGUAGACUUGUGAGCC